AUGUUUAAAAAUUAUCUUUUUGGAUUAAAACGUACAAAUAAGAAUGGAAAUCAAAUAUGGAUUUGUACACACAAGUUAUGCAACGCUUCAAUUGUCAUGCGUGAAGGCUUAAUUGUAAAAACUUCAUCUAUUAAAUCAGAUGGAAGCCAUGAAUUCCAACAUCAGCGAAAACUGGAUGCAAAUGUAUAUGAAUGUAUUAGAUCAAUAAAACGAAGAAUCGAUGAAGAUCCUGCAACACCAGUAUCUGUAUUAUAUGAACAACAAGUUAAAAAAUUCAGACGAGAAAAUGGUGCAGCUGGAUCAGUUCCAGUAUUCGAUCGUGUGAGGUCUUGCUUAUAUGAAUAUCGAUCAUCGAAACAUCCACCAGUUCCAAAAUCACUUUCAUCAAUCGAAGUACCAUAUCGACUUACUCGUACAUUAUUGGAUGACCGAUUUUUAUUAAAUCACAAUCGUACUUCAAUGAUACUUACUUUUUCUUCAUUAGCAGCUAUGAAACUUCUUGGAAAUAAUGAACAUUGGAACGCUGAUGGAACGUUCCGAACAGCUCCCAGAUUAUUUUACCAAAGUUUUAGCAUCCAUGUAUGGGAUGCGUAUAGCAUGAAGUCUGCCAUCUAUGCCGCUUUACCAGACAAAAAAGAAAAUAUAUAUGAUAACUUUUUACAGGAUGUAAUUUUGUAUGCCAACAACUAUGAUAUUAAACUUGCACCAAAAACUAUUUUGAUUGAUUUCGAAGUAGCUUUAUAUAAAUCGUUUUCAAACAGUUUUCCAACGGCAAUAAUAAAAGGAUGUCAAUUUCAUUUUUCUCAGAAUAUAUGGCGACAAAUCAAAAAAAAAGGUUUACUUAAACUUUCACAAGGUGAAGACGUUCGACGACAAAUCGCAAACAUUUUAAUGUUGCCAAUCUUACCACCUGAUGAAAUUAAUAAUGCCUUUUGUAAUAUCAUUGAACAUUUAAGUAAUAUACAUGUGAAAUUUUUGAAAUUAACUAAUUACAUUUUGGAAACUUAUAUUGAAGAACCAUUAUAUCCACGAUCUUUUUGGAAUUUGUUCGAUUUAAUUGGAAUACGACCGAAGACGAACAAUCAUAUUGAAGGUUAUCAUGGACAGCUGAAUUCCCAUUGUCCAACACAUCCUACCAUUUGGUCUUGGAUACGAUAUAUUCAAGAGGCUGAGGAAUCAGUAAUGAUUCGAUUAGAACAGGAACACGAACAACUCGUCGAAAAAGGUUAG